AAAACCGUCUGGCAGCAGUCGAUAUUAAAAACAUGCAGAGGGAGACAAGCUCCGGGCCUUCCAGAGUCAGGAAAAAGACUUCGGAGAGCUGCAGACAGGAGAUGGGUAUGGCAUUUCUAUUUUCCCCCAGCCCAUUGAUUUGUAUAUGAAAACAUAGCGCUUUUAUUCUCCCCCCUUCUGGGCUCUGCUUCUGAGUGAUCAGCUGAUGAAGAGACUAGCAGCUCGCCGCUAUGCUGGCUUGCUAAUUCUCUCCCCCACAGCUGCAGCCGAUCCUGAUAGCCAGCCUGCAGAUUGCAGUCAGCCUGAGGCAGGAGAGAACGGUUCCCUGGAGGAGAUGGAAGAGGAAAUCAGUCUGAAGAAGCGUAAAAGUGAACAUCAUGGGGAGAAAGAACUGCAGGCCGGCCAGGAAAGUGGCGAAAAGGUCAAAAGGAAACGAGGACGCCCACCUGCUGAGAAACUGCCUCCAAACCCACCUGAACUCACCAGAACACUGAGCACGCUGGUGGAUAUGGUUAUCAACUACAAGGACGGGUUGGGUCGACAGAUCAGCAAAGGUUUUGUGCAGCUUCCCUCUAAGAAGGAGGUACCUGAGUACUACGAGCUGAUUCGAAAGCCUGUCGACUUCAGAAGGAUCAGGGAACGUGUGCGUAAUCACAAAUACAGAACUGUGGGGGAUUUGGAGAAGGAUAUUUUCCUCCUUUGUCACAAUGCUCAGACCUAUAAUCUGGAAGGAUCUCAGAUCUAUGAGGAUUCAAUAGUCAUCAAGUCUGUUUUCGAGAGCGCCAGACAACGAAUUGUCACAGACGAGGAACAGAAAGAGACGGUAAGCGCCAGUCACAGCGAUUAUGGUGGUGGAGCUGAAGACCAAUUUGUUCGAUCAGCAGUGAAACCAUUACCAGUCCAACUCAAGAAGGGUAAUAAGGAAGGAAGAAGCAGAAAUACCAUGGACAAGAGGCUCCACAGUGAUUUAGACAGUGAUGAGGAUCUAGAGGAUAACACCACAAAAGAUGAAGGUUGAACUGAAGGGCCCUCCAUGUUUUUGUAUUUAGGUUCAUGUCUAUUCUCUACCGCAUCCCUUUUAAAUUUGUUUCUUCAUUUUCUUAGCAAAAGACCGGAAAAUAAAAUGAGAAGGACCACUCAAAGAGAGCCACUCAUGGAACAAUGCUUUUUUUUCUUCUUCUUUUAGAUGCCCCUAAACAUGUCUUGCUGCGGUUCAUUUCAUUUCGCUGGUCUUUUAUUAUAUAUUUCCAUUUUAUCUGCCUUAGUUUCUGUGAUUGCUUCUGCAGAUAUUAUGUAAAACAACAGUUUCACUGACUGCUUUUAAAUUAAUAUAUUUGAUUGUAUGAAAUGCCUUCAUAUGUCUUGGAGCAUGAUGUGUCACUCCUCCAGAGUAGCACCCGCUGAUGACAACGUUGAUGUGUUCAGUGCGUGAGAAUCGAAGCACACGGGAAGGUGUUUAUAAAAGGAAACAAGAACAAAUGAACACUGUAAAAUCUCAAUGUGAUUUUUGAGAGGAUACAUCUUUGAUAAAAAUAAAUAAAAAUAAAAAAAAAAACACAUAGUGGAAGUGGGAAGUCAAAGAGACUUGAUAAAUUCUAGUACUGAUAGUAAUACUUUUGUCAGUUUCUGAUUCUUGAUGGAAUAAGAUUGGGGGAAAUCAAGGGUACUCGAGUUGAAAAUUUUUAUCCCUCGUGCUACAGUAUAUUCACAUGUUGUACAGUUUGUGUGAAAAGUAAUUAAAAUCUAAAUUUCUUUU